AUGGCUGUGGUUGAAGAGCUUCUACAGUUUCCAUGCAUGAGCACAGUCCUUUCUGCUGUGCUGUUCCUUCUGUUUUUUUACCUCAUACUUUCUAGCUCCAGCACCCUGACACAAGGAAAGGAACCUCCAGGACCCAAACCACUGCCUAUUCUUGGCAACUUGCUACUCCUGGAUCUCAAAAGACCUUACAUGAGCCUUUGUGAGCUCUCGAAGAAAUAUGGAUCAGUUUUCACUGUGUUCUUCGGGCCCAAGAAAGUGGUUGUUUUGGCUGGAUACAAGACUGUAAAGCAAGCUCUUGUGAACUGUGGAGAGGAGUUUGGAGACAGAGAUGUUACUCCUGUAUUUCAUGAUUUGAACCAAGGUUAUGGCAUCCUCUUCUCAAAUGGAGAAAACUGGAAAGCGAUGAGGCGCUUUGCCCUCUCUAAUCUGCGGGAUUUUGGCAUGGGCAAAAAAAGGAGUGAGGCGAAAAUUAUUGAGGAGACCUUGUACCUGAGAGAAGUGUUUAAGAAGUUUGAAGGGAAACCAUUUGAUACAACCCAACCCGUAAAUUAUGCUGUAUCCAAUAUCAUCUCAGCCAUUGUGUAUGGCAACAGAUUUGACUACAAUGACCCUCAAUUCAAAGCUAUGGUAAACCGAGCCAAUGAAAACAUCAGAAUUGUUGGCUCUCCCUCUCUGCAGGUCUACAACCUCUUUCCCUCACUGGGCCCAUGGCUGAAGAACUGGAAACUACUCAUGAAUAAUGUUGAGAGUAAUGUCAAGGAAAUGAAGGAACUGGUGAAAGGUUUGCAGGCAACACUGAAUCCUCAGGAUUGCAGAGGCUUUGUUGACGUCUUCCUUACCCGUAAACAGAGUGCAGAGGAAUUGGGAGAGAAAGACUCACUUUUCCAUGACAGUAACCUCAUUUACACGAUUGCUAACCUAUUUGCUGCGGGGACAGACACUACUGGCACGACACUGCGCUGGGGAUUUCUGCUUAUGGCCAAGUACCCACAUAUACAGGACCGGGUCCAGGAAGAGAUUGACAGGGUGAUUGGCGGUCGGCAGCCAGUGGUGGAAGACAGGAAGAACUUACCUUAUACAGAUGCAGUGAUCCAUGAAAUUCAGAGACUGGCCAAUAUUGUACCCAUGAGUCUCCCUCACACCACAAGCUGUGAUGUUAAUUUUGAAGGCUUUUUCAUCAAGAAGGGAACUUGUGUGUUUCCUCUGCUGACGUCUGUGUUAAGGGAUGAGAGUGAAUGGGAGACCCCUUACACCUUUAACCCAGCACAUUUCCUGGACGAGCAGGGUCGGUUUCGUAAGAGAGAUGCCUUCAUGCCCUUCUCUGCAGGCCGAAGAGUAUGCCUAGGUGAGAGUCUUGCCAGAAUGGAGCUUUUCCUCUUCUUCACCUCCUUCCUGCAACAUUUCCGCUUCACUCCUCCUCCAGGGGUGUCUGAGGAUGAACUGGACCUCACCCCUGCCGUGGGGUUCACGUUAAACCCCUCCCCCCACCAGCUGUGUGCACUGAGUCGAUCGUGA